GAGCUCGAGCCACAGAAGCAACAACAGUCCGGAGGUACGCUGUGGUCCGCCUGUCCCUUUAACUCACUAAAACAAACACAGUCUGAGUAAAACAGCAGCCAUGAAACAGCACAGGAGUUUUGUCGUGUGGCUGCAACUUUUCUCAGCUUGUCUGGUGUUCGGGGUGAACGGUGAUUACUGUAAAAUAAACGUGUGCAGUAAUGGUGGAACCUGUGUGACCGGGGCAGGAGCUCCGUUCAUCUGCAUCUGCACUGACGGCUUCUCUGGAGACACCUGCAAUGAGACUGAGACUGGGCCCUGCCACCCCAACCCGUGCAAGAAUGAGGGCACCUGCGAGUUGACGGGCCAAACGCGCCGUGGGGACGUCUUCAGCGAGUACGUCUGCCAGUGCCCAGCAGGUUUUGACGGAGUCCACUGCCAGAACAGUGUCGAAGGGGCAGAUUUAAGUUCGAGAAAAGAUGUGAACGACUGCGCCGCCCAGCCAUGCAAGAACGGAGGCAUCUGCAGGGACCUGGAGGGAGAUUUCAAAUGCCACUGCCCGUCCCCUUAUGUGGGCAAACAAUGCCACCUGCGCUGCAUCUCUCUGCUAGGCAUGGAGGGAGGGGGCAUCGCCGAGUCCCAGAUCUCCGCCUCUUCAGUGCGCUACACCAUGCUGGGCCUGCAGCGCUGGGGGCCCGAGCUCGCCCGCCUUCACAACAAGGGGAUCGUUAAUGCCUGGAGCGCCGCCGCACACGACAAGAACCCGUGGAUCCAGAUCAACAUGCAAAGAAAGAUGCGCUUCACAGGUAUCGUGAUGCAGGGCGCAAGUCGCAUGGGUACCGCCGAGUUCAUCAAGUCCUUCAAGGUGGCCUCCAGUCUGGACGGCAAGACGUACACCAUGUACAGGACCGACGGACAGAGGAAGGACAAUAUAUUUGUGGGAAACGUGGACAACGACGGCACCAAGACCAACCUGUUCGACCCCCCGAUCAUCGCCCAGUACAUCCGCAUCAUCCCUGUGGUCUGUCGCAAGUCCUGCACAAUGCGCAUGGAGCUGGUGGGCUGUGAACUCAACGUCUAUUCAAACACUGUAGGUUGCUCUGAGCCGAUGGGCAUGAAGUCCCGCUUGGUGACCGACCGCCAGAUCACGUCGUCCAGCACCUUCCGCACCUGGGGCAUCGAGGCUUUCACCUGGCACCCCCGCUACGCCCGUCUGGACAAACAGGGAAAGACUAACGCCUGGACCGCCGCCACCAACAACCAAUCAGAGUGGCUGCAGGUUGAUCUGGGGUCCACCAAGAAGGUGACAGGAGUCAUCACUCAGGGUGCCAAAGACUUUGGCUCCAUCCAGUUUGUCACAGCCUUCAAAGUGGCUCACAGUAAUGAGGGGCGAUCCUGGACCAUCGUGAAGGACGAGACUACAAAAACAGACAGGAUCUUCCCUGGCAACAGCGACAACAACGUGCACAAAAAGAACAUCUUCGAGCCCUCGUUCUACGCCCGGUACGUCCGCAUCCUGCCGUGGGACUGGCACGAGCGCAUCACCCUGCGGAUGGAGCUCCUGGGCUGUGACGAGUAGCACCGCACUGGUCCGACCUCCCCCCUCCUCCUCUUCCUUUUCUCUACCUCCUCCCCGCUUCCCUCUUCCUCCUCUUUCCUCCCUUCCUUCUCCCUCCUGAGCCACACCUGCACUGCCUUGCUCUCAGCCCUAGGGGGCAGCAGACACCAGAGUAGCACAGCACCACCUGACCAUGGCUGGUUUGAGGUGGGAGGUGUUACCCUUAGCCACUGUUACCAGGGUCCAGUUUACAGUCCCCUUUGUUUCCUGGAGGGAUCACUCUUCUUUCCACCUGAACCAAAUCUGUGAUCAUUCCAAGAAACAAACAUCUGUUUUGUUUGUCUCUGAGCAGAGCUGAGGUCAGAUCAAACAAAGAUUGCCACUCCCUCCUCCCUGUGUCUGAGGUCAGGGGUAACAGGGCUGCUGCUGUAUCCGCUGGUGCUGCCUACACUCUGAUCCUAGAUCAGCUCUACCUGGAACAUUAAAACCUCUGAGACCCACAGCUGGUGAUGUACAUACGCUCCCCCCCGGCAGCUUGCUCCCGUCCGAUAACCCAACACUUCCCUUCUCAACACACAAUAUCAAUUAUCUUCAGAGGAUACUCUUAUGGCUAAUUUGGCUAAACAAAGAAGUGAAUCUACACAAAAAAAAAGAUUAUAUCUCGGCCAGAAACCUUUAAUAUCUAGUUAGUAUUUGGUUGCUUUAGGUUGGAUAAACUCACAAGCAAUUCCGAAUAGUUUGUAACCAAUUUACCAGUACAUUUGCUAUAUUUUUGCGCAAUAAUAAGAGACUCAAAAUCUCAACGUGUUUCUGUAUUUCUACUGUUUCAUUGCAGAGAUUUAGAAAAUGAGUUUCCAGUGAUUCAGAGGGUUAACGUAAGUAAAGGAUUUACUCCAAAUCCAGAACAGAAAAGCAAAUAUCCUCCUAUGUACACACAUCUCAUUGGAACUAAACGUGUGUACAACUGCAUAUUAAAGCGUUUUCUAAAUAAUGCAUCAGGGUGAAGUCAUCAGCGUAUCCUGUGCCAACUGAACCUCAGAUUUUUUGUAUUUGUGUAGAACGAAAUAGUUUAUGGUGAACUGACGCAGACACACACACACUCAGAGCAAAAGAUUAAUCAAACGCAUUAAAGCCAUUGAACCAUCAAUGUCAGUCAGUUAAACAACAGCUUUAUGAGCCAGAGGAGACGCCCUCUUUGACAGACAGGAUGUUAUAAACAAAAGAGUUUGAGAUCACUGUUGACUGAAACACUUUAUUGCUCUUGAGGAAUGAACAUUAGCCGUUGAGGGAGAUUUCACACGUGCUGUACGACAUCUUACAGAAGAUCUUUAGAAGUCUUAUUCAUUCACAUCAUAAUUGUUUUCAUGACGCUAUUGCAGCCUCCAUUUGUCAUCCGCUGCGACAGCACAUGUGUAUCAGAUUUCAUGAGGUGGUUUAUUUAAAAAACAAACAAAAAAAGCCACGUUUAAAAAAAAAUGAAAGCCGGCUGUUGAGGCUUCAGAUCUUGACACUUCCACUGCAAAUCCAUUUGACAUGAACAGAUUUUUAGAAUGACAAGAAAGACAGUAUUAAAUCAAAGAUCAUUUCAGUGUUUGUUGUUAAGCGGUUGGCAUUGGAAGAGAUGGAUGCUGGUGCAGAGGCUGCAGAUUCAAAGAUAAUGGUGGGUGUUUUCGUCUCAGGUCAAAGCAGAUCUGCUCCUAUUGUACAGUAAAUGCUACUGAAACCUAUUCACACAUACACACAGACACAAACACACACACACGUACUGCUUUGCUUCAAGUUGUGUUCACCGUUUUUUUUAUGGCACUUUGAUGUUUGUGUUUUGACAUUUGUAAUAUCCGAAAAAAUAGUUAUUCUUGAAGAACAAGCAGUAAACAUUCAUUAUUAAAAGCAAAAGAAGAAAAAAAUAUACUCGCAGUUCAGUUUGUUUGUUUGACAUUAAACUGCGCUUUUGUAAAUAUAUGACCUGCAUAUACGCAGUACCGUUGUACUGAGAUCUGUCCAUGUGAGUAGACGUUAUUGUUCGAUGCAGACCAUUUACAUUCUGCCUCCAGUGGAAAGCUGAGGCCCCGCUGAUAAGACAGUACGAGAGAAACCAAAUUAAAACUGAUUUUUUACGGUUCCACCGGACAUGUGACAGGAACCGCCAUAUGAUAUCAUACACCCCCCCCCCCCCCCUGCCACAGUAUUGUAAAACCUUUCCACCCGAAUGAAUUAUGAAUAAUGGGCUUGUGCAAUAUUAUACUGUGUUAGUUUUGAUAACAAUGAAUAUUAAUUCAAGACCCUUUAAAAAAUGCAUGAGGGGAUAGCGGUGCCACUGAGAGGGCGAGGACGGAUGCUGGUGUCAAACACUGUACAAUAUUUAUUAUUGUUGCAGACGGUUCCACGACAGUCACCCUGUUACCCACGUCUGCAUGCAUCUUAUUGACUCGUGUUACAACCGAUCUUUGAAUUUAUUGGUGACUUAGCUUCAUUUUCUUCUCGGUGUUCAUCAACAUCAAAGUAUUGUAGAUAUUGUUUCCCAGGUGUUCAGGUUUCAUAUUAUUGAUCAGAAAAAUGUAUGUGUUUAUGGUAUUAUGAGUUCUCUUAUGCUAUAAUGACUGUUGACCUCAUAGAAGUUUAACAGGAUUUAAAGCUUGUUCUUUUUUUUAUUCCAGUGUUUGGAUUCCUUUAUGUUUGGCCUUUGUAUCUUAAAAUAAAGAAUAAAUAAAGAAUUUAAAACGAGA